AUGUUGUUCGGUGAAUGCAGACAGCCUGUGUCACAGAAAACAUGGAUGCAGCAGCCGAUGUCGGCAUCGUCGUAUCGUUACCAAUACAUUUACCCACCGUACGAAUCACGAAAAGUUUAUCAGUUACAACCACCACAGUACGCCCAACCAGAUAUCCCGAUGCCGCAGAGCAUGGCACCCAUUCCCAUCAGCGUGCCAGCCGGGGCAAGUCUUACUCCAGUCUCACUUCAGCACGUACAGUUAGUACCGUGCAUGUGUCCAGUCGCACCGGAAGAAGCAGAGAAGCUACAGGAGCAGGUCGGCCCGGGCCCAUAUCUUGCACAAAGCUACGCCCAGCCUUCCUAUUCUGUACCACAGCAAAUGCCGCCCCCAUCUGACAAUAAAACUCCGAACAAACAAUAA